AGGAGGCUGUGCCUCCGGGUUGCGCGAAGAGUCCGAGUCAUUUCUCGGGAAUCUCUGAUAAGGUGGGCCUUGGCGGAAACGCUGCCGAGCCGCACCAGAAUCAGGAAACACACCCUUGUCUGUCUGCUUGGGAGAGACAGAAGUUGGCACUUCUGAGUGAAGAUGAGGAAAAGGCUGUAAACCAGCCAAAGGAGGCUUGAAGUACUCUCUGGGUGUGAGAAAGCGAUGGCUGGUGGAAGGAGCUGAACACCCCAAGGAAAGAUGGCUUCCAGCUUCAGUCCCGCUUAGCAGCAGCUCCAGCUCCCGAGGCAGGCCUGGCAGGAUGUGCCAUUAGACCAUCAUGGACGGAGCCCACGGUGCAGCCCUGCAGCUGCAGCAGCUCCUGCCCACAAGCAGUGCCGACUCUGCCAGCGAGGGCUCCUUCUCCUACAAGGAAAACUUGAUCGGCGCCCUUUUGGCGAUUUUUGGACACCUUGUGGUCAGCAUUGCGCUUAACCUCCAGAAGUACUGCCACAUCCGCCUGGCAGGCUCCAAGGACCCCCGCGCCUAUUUCAAGACCAAGACAUGGUGGCUGGGCCUGUUCCUGAUGCUGCUGGGCGAGCUCGGCGUGUUUGCCUCCUACGCCUUCGCCCCGCUCUCGCUGAUCGUGCCCCUCAGCGCUGUCUCCGUGAUAGCUAGCGCCAUCAUAGGAAUCAUAUUCAUCAAAGAAAAAUGGAAACCUAAAGACUUUCUGAGGCGCUACGUGUUGUCCUUCGUUGGCUGCGGUUUGGCCAUCGUGGGCACCUACCUGCUGGUGACAUUCGCACCCAACAGUCAUGAGAAGAUGACAGGCGAGAACAUCACCAGGCACCUUGUGAGCUGGCCUUUUCUCUUGUACAUGCUGGUGGAGAUCAUCCUGUUCUGCCUGCUGCUGUACUUCUACAAGGAGAGGAACGCCAACAGCAUCGCCGUGAUUCUGCUCCUGGUGGCGCUGCUCGGCUCGAUGACAGUGGUGACGGUGAAGGCUGUGGCCGGGAUGCUUGUGUUGUCCAUACAGGGGAACCUGCAGCUCGACUACCCCAUCUUCUACGUGAUGUUCGUGUGCAUGGUGGCGACCGCCGUCUAUCAAGCUGCGUUUUUAAGUCAAGCCUCGCAGAUGUACGACUCCUCUUUGAUUGCCAGUGUGGGCUACAUUCUCUCCACUACUGUCGCUAUCACAGCAGGUGCAGUGUUUUACCUGGACUUCCUCGGGGAAGACGUGCUGCACAUCUGCAUGUUUGCGCUGGGGUGCCUCAUCGCAUUCUUGGGCGUCUUCUUAAUCACACGGAACAGGAAGAAGUCCAUUCCAUUUGAGCCCUAUAUUUCCAUGGAUGCCAUGCCAGGUAUGCAAAACAUGCAUGACAAGGGGAUGACAGUCCAGCCUGACCUCAAAGCUUCUUUCUCCUACGGGGCCCUGGAAAACAAUGACAACAUUUCUGAGAUCUACACUCCUGCCACGCUGCCCAUCAUGCAAGAGGAACACGGCUCCAGAAGCGCCUCUGGGGUUCCCUACCGAGUCCUGGAACACACCAAGAAGGAGUGAGCCCCCCUUGAAGGAGAUUCGCCUUCCUCCAUUUAUAGCUGCUCAGGCCAUGCUGACCGUGGUUCAACCCUUGAUUCUAAAACUUGCCUUUUAAGUCUUAUUUUUUUUAACUGAGAACUCUAUGGAUGGGGAUCUUGAAAAGCCUUUGCUGUGGCAAAGGAUGUGUUAUCUUGGUCUUGGAAAUUUCAAAUGUUGGGGCUGGGGGUUGCGGGGGUGCAAGCAGUAUUCCAGGGGGGUGGCACGGAAUGCAGCCUCUGCCUGGGCUAGCCCGGCUGGACUUGGAAAGCCUUUAUCAUCCUCGAGAAUGUAGCUGAGCUUCCUCAGUCAGUGACCCAAGGUUGCCACAUUCUUCAGAGCUAAAGCAAGGCAGAGAUUCUGCUUUUCCUUUCCAAAUCCAGUGACAGGCUGGAGACCUCUAAGUCUAGUCUUCCCCCACCUCACGUGCAGGCCGGAUCUCUUCCCAUCUCACUCAUGAUUCCCUGUUUGUGAUAACGUUUGUGUCGCUCUCCCAUGGCAGAGUGGGCCAGCCCUGGUGGAACGUUCUGUCAUUCGCCUGUAGGGAAAUGCACUUUGCCUUCCAAUUGUCUGUGUCCCCCCAGUGAAAAUGUGCUUGAUGUGUUUAUAUUGGAUCUGCUCUGCAAACUAAUUUGUUUUUGGUUCUGUGAACUACAUGAUUGCUUUUUCUUCCCCCAAAGGAACUGGGAAGUUGAGAGAAGGGGGAGAAUAAAAAGGACAGAGGCAGGGGUGAUGAUACCUCAGCCCAUAAAGGAAGAAAAAUCCCUUUUCAUCUUCUAAAAGGUGACUGCAUCACUUAUAAGAGGAGAGAGAGAAAAUCUGCAUGUUUUCUGUGUGUUUUCCUGCACACCAGUGCCCUCUGGGAAGACGGGGGGCGGUGCUCAUUCCAGAGACAGCCUCGCUCAUCUCUCCUCCAUCCUCUCCUUUGUAGAGCAACAAACCAAGCUUGAAUGAUGGCUUAAUUUCCCUGGAGUGGAUGGGGACUCUGGGUCCUCCUCCCUAGGGCACGUCUGGGAGAAGCAAGCAUUCUCAGAAAUGGGGCUGCUGCUUUCCUUCUGGCUACGUGCAUGAUUGUCUUCCCCCACACCGACUGUAUGCUUUUGAGAAUGGCAGGUAAAGGUUUGCAAACUUGAACGAGCAUAAGGAUCCCCUAGGGAGUUUAUGUGAAAUGCAAAUGCCUAUACCCCAACCAUAAAUACUCUGAUUAAAUGGGACUGGGGUGAGGCCCAGGAGUCUGCAAGCUUAACUGACAGCACGGGUGCUUCUGAUGCAGGUAAUCCAAGGAUCACACACCUUGCACGCCUAAUAAUGGAAAGAGAUGGACUGCUAAAAGCCCCGGGGGCCCACGCACACCUGCGGGAAAGUUGAAAUUACUAUUUCUUGUUUCCUCCUUGGGGUUCUUUCGGCAGGUUGAAUAAUCCCCAUAGGAUCCGUGGCAUUUCUCCAUCCAGUGAUUACUACUUAAAUCUACGCUUACUGCUUCCCUAGGCAGCCGUUAAUAGGCAGGAUAACAGUGUUAAUAGACCAGUGUUGAUAGAUCAUUAACUUUUAUGGAUUGUGCUUAAUCCUGAUUUAGUACCUUGACUUCAAAAACUGACAUCUGUUGCCUGUGAUAACUACUUCUGUAUUGUGUCUUAACCACUUCCGUAUUGUGUCUCCCAUGCCUAAGAAGGCAACCGACAGUGACCUUUUUUCCUUUAGGACAGAUAUCAGCGUAGUUCAAUGAUAUUUAUGAGGGGUUUACUAUGUCUUAAUCAUUUGGAUGGUGAGGGCUACAAAGAGUAAGACGUGGUUCCUGCCCUCCAGGCAACACGAAUAGCCAGGAAACUAUGGCGGCCGACUGAGUGCGAUAGCCGCCACAGAAAGUGACAGUUGUGAGGCCCUGUUCAAGGUCAGGCCCGAGCCCAGAGUCGGGUGUUCGGAAUUGGAGAUGAUUUGGGCCCCACUCAUUGAUAGGUGGUAAAUCUAGCUAGAUUUGAGCAAAGCGUAGAAAGUAGAGUGAUCACCCCCCAGGCAGAGGGGCCAGCAUUUGCAAAGACACAGAGAUAGGGAGGGGGAGACGGCAAAGAAAGGAGAGCCAGGGAAGGUGGUGGGAGAUGAGGCUGGAAAGAUAAGCAGUGGAGGCCGAAUCCUGGAGGGCCUUAAAUGCCUGGCCAAAGAGUUUAAAGUGUAUCCUAGAGGACACGGGAGCCGUUGAUGGUUCAUGAAGAAGAGAAUGACAGGAUCAGCCCUGAUUGGAAAGGAGACCUUAUGCAGUGUGGAGGAAGAAUCUGAGGGAUAAUAAUUCACUUUUCACAGUCAAGCUGCAAAUCUGUAAGAAAAAAACACAAAAGGGGAAUUACAAUCCAGCUUCACUGCUAUUCAGAUUUUCCAGGUGAUUUUUCUAAGGUGGGCGGGGUGGGGGUGUGAGGGCAGAGUGGAUGAAGGGAAGGUGAGCGGGGAGGCCAUUUAUGUUCAAACCCAGGUGAUCAGUUGGCAUAUUAUGUGCUCCCAACCUUACUCUGCCCCCUUCCCUUUUUCUGUUGUGGGCCUUUUAGCCUCGAGCCAGUGGAGAAUGAGACGAGUGGAUAAAAGUGCAGGUCUGCUGAAAAUCAUGGGUUUAAUGCCACCGAGGCACCGCUGCUGGGGCCUGGGCAGCCCUUCUGCCUUCAGGUUUGGGGCAAUGGCGUCGUCCUAGGAAGCUGAGCUACAGGAAGGCUGAGCAGAGAGCUGCAUGGUGGUUUCCUGAGUGGAAGGCGGGGGCAGGUCACCUGGGUGCUCGAAGAGCAGCUGAUAUGGGGCUACGGUCUCCAGAAUUCUGCCUCUGUCUUGGGCUAGCUUCUCCCAGUCUUUGCCCCCAGGUGUAAAUGGACUGUUUGCUGGUGGCAGGUACGCAGCACUUGCUGUUAGGACAGGAGUGGAGGAGGGUGUCCACUUUCCACUCUCAGCCCUGAUCUUUAUUUUUCCUCGUGGCUCUGACACCGCCAAGCCCUCUCGAAUGCUCCAAGCAACAUUAAAUGUCACCCCUCCAUCCUUCCUGGCAGCCAGUACCUAAAGCAAGAUCACCAAACUUGGGUUUAAACUUUCCAGUUGUUCUCUGGUCUUCCUCUCCCCAUCCCACUCUGUGCCCCUCUGGAGAGGCUGGGACUUGGGGUUUCCUGAUCAGACAUUAGCACCAGUUCUUCGCAGACUGGUGCCUGUGGGUUUUGCUGAGAGCUCAGCCCGCUCCUCCCCCUGACCCCUUCCAUGAAGCUGCAGGUCUGAUGCCAUCACAUUAGGCUUCAGGUCCUGUGGGGGUUUGCAGAGAGGAACUGAAUGCUGAGUAAGGAAGGGAGGACUGACACCUCCACUGCUCUUCUGGUGGAAACUGGCCAGCUGGACGGUGCUGUGUGGAUACAAGCCAUCCGUCAGGGUAGUGUUGGGGCACCUCCACCCUGCAGCCUUGUGAAUUCCAAAUCUGGCUCAACCCCGGCGGACAGGCAAAAAAAUGUACUGUGUGUUUCUGAGAAGCUAUGUAAAUGAAGUCACCUUAGAAUAUAUAUUCUAUGUGGAUGCUUAUAUUUUGUUAACUUUGUGACUAAUAUGGCAUGUCUUAUUUUUCAAAAAAUGUGUGUGCUAGUUGCAAAUAACAUUAUGAAGUGGUAUUUAAUUAAAAAAAAAUCUAUGUGCUA